AUUUGUCAAGAUUUUCUACGUGGAAUUUGUACAAGGACAAAAUGUAAAUACCAGCAUAAAAUCAGAAAAUUUAUCGUUUGCAAAUACUGGUUACGUGGAUUAUGUAUGAAAGGGGAAGAACAAUGCGAAUAUUUACACGAAUAUGAUUUAUCAAAAAUGCCAAAAUGUGCACAUUAUAGAUUAUAUGGUGUAUGUAAUUCAAUAAAUUGCAUUUAUUCGCAUGAUAAAGUUGAAUCUGAAAGAUGUAAUUGGUACGAUCGUGGAUUCUGUAGAAAAGGUCUAACAUGUAAUAAGAAACAUGUAAAACAAAUUGCCUGUCAAUUGUACUUGACCGGAUUUUGUCCUCGUGGACCUUCUUGCCCUAAUGGACAGUAA